CGGGGCAGGUCUCCGCGCUGCCCCAGGGGCGCGGGCGGGAAGCCGGACCCUCCGCACCUGCAGCGUCCUCGGGCUCUGCAGACCCUGCGCGGACACCUGCGGCUGCGCCCCGUGCGUACCCCGGGGUCAUGGUGCAUGUGGAGGCGGCGGCUCUGCGAACCCCCGGGGCUGCCUGUGAGCUAGGGACCGGAGGAGGGACCCGGCGCGGGGCCGCGGGCACGAUGCCUUUCCUUCCGGAGGCGAGGGCGGCGGGGCGCGCGGUGGCCCUGACCCUGGUGCUGCUCCUCCCUGCCGUGCCAGCGGGCGCCAGCGCCCUGCUCCGCCUGCAGCCCAGCAUGCCCCACGUGUGUGCUGAGCAGGAGCUGACCCUGGUGGGCCGCCGCCAGCCCUGUGUGCGGGCCUUCAGCCAAACAGUGCCCGUGUGGAAGCCGGGCUGUGGGCGGCAGGUGUGGUGUGUUGGCCACGAGCGGAGAACCAUGUACUACACAAGCUACAGGCAGGUGUACACCAUGGAGACCCAGACCGUGUUCAGGUGCUGCCCAGGGUGGAGCCAGCAGCCUGGCGACCGGGGCUGCCUCUCCCCCAAAUGCAGCGUUGGCCUCUGUUUUAACGGUGGCCACUGUGUGCCUGGCUCAGCCCAACUGUGCCACUGUCCCCAAGGCUUCCAGGGCCCCCGCUGCCAGUAUGAUGUGGAUGAGUGCCAAGUACACAACGGUGGCUGCCAGCACAGGUGUGUGAACACGCCAGGCUCCUACCUCUGCGAGUGCAGGCCUGGCUUCCGGCUCCACGCAGACGGCAGGACCUGCCUGGUCAUCAACUCCUGCGCCGUGGGCAAUGGCGGCUGCCAGCACGACUGUGUCCAGCUCACGGUGACCCAGCACCGCUGCCAGUGCCGGCCCACAUUCCAGCUCCAGGAGGAUGGCAGGCGCUGUGUCCGGAGAAACCCGUGCACGGACCGGAAUGGCAGCUGCAUGCACACGUGCCAAGCUCUCCGGGGCCUCGCUCACUGUGAGUGCCACGCGGGCUACCGGCUGGCGGCUGACCGCAAGGCCUGUGAAGACGUGGAUGAAUGUGCCAUGGGGCUGGCCCAGUGUGCCCACAGCUGCCUCAACACUCAUGGGUCCUUUAAGUGCGUGUGCCACGCAGGCUAUGAGCUGGGUGCCGAUGGCCGGCAGUGCUACCGGAUCGAGAUGGAGAUAGUGAACAGCUGUGAGGCUGACAACGGCGGCUGCUCCCACGGCUGCAGCCACAGCAGCACAGGGCCCCUCUGUACCUGUCCCCGCGGCUACGAGCUGGGCGAGGACCAGAAGACUUGUAUCGAUGUGGACGACUGUGCCGACUCGCCGUGCUGCCAGCAGGUUUGCACCAACAGCCCCGGCGGGUAUGAGUGUGGCUGCUAUGCUGGCUACCGGCUCAGCACCGAUGGCUGCGGGUGUGAGGAUGUGGACGAGUGUGCCUCUGGCCGUGGCAGCUGUGAGCACCACUGCACCAACCUGGCUGGCUCCUUCCAGUGCUCCUGCGAGGCUGGCUACCGGCUGGACGAGGACCGCAGGGGCUGCAUCCCCCUGGAGAUGCCUGAGGUGGACCUGGACAGCCAGCUGCCCCUCUUGCGGCCCCUCCCGCACAUCGCGGUGCUCCGGGACGAGCUGCCCCAUCUCUUCCAAGACGACUACGUGGGGGCUGAGGAGGAGGAGGCGGAGGCCCGGGGUGAACACACGCUGGCGGAGAAGUUUGUCUGCCUGGAUGACGCCUUUGGCCAAGACUGCAGCUUGACCUGCGACGACUGCAGGAAUGGAGGGACCUGCCUCCCAGGCCUGCCAGGCUGCGACUGCCCUGAGGGCUGGACCGGGCUCGUCUGCAAUGAGAGUGAGGCUGCUGUGGGUGGGGCAUGCCCUCCAGACACCUUUGGCAAGAACUGCAGCUUCUCCUGCAACUGUCAGAAUGGCGGGACCUGCGACCCCAUGACGGGGGCCUGCCGCUGCCCUCCGGGUGUCAGCGGAGCCCACUGUGAGGACGGCUGCCCCAAGGGCUUCUAUGGCAAGCACUGCCGCAAGAAGUGCCACUGCGCCAACAGGGGCCGGUGCCACCGUCUCUACGGGGCAUGCCUCUGCGACCCAGGGCUCUACGGCCGCUUCUGCCACCUGACCUGCCCGCCGUGGGCUUUCGGGCCGGGCUGUUCGGAGGAGUGCCGGUGUGAGCAGCAGAACACGCGUGCCUGUGAUAGGAGGGACGGCAGCUGCUCCUGCAAGGCCGGCUUCAGGGGCGAGCGGUGCGAGGACGAGUGUGAGCCGGGCUCCUUUGGGCUGGGGUGCCGGCAGACGUGCGCCUGCCCUCUGGGCGCAGCCUGUGACCCCGUCAGCGGUGAGUGUGGGAAGCAGUGUCCGGCUGGCUACCGCGGGAAGGACUGUGACCAAGAGUGCCCGGGCGGGACGUUCGGCGUGAACUGCUCGGGUUCCUGCUCCUGUUGGGGAGCCUCCUGCGACCGGGUCACGGGGCAGUGCCUGUGCCCUCCUGGGAGGACCGGGGACGACUGUGGGGCAGAUUGUCCUGAGGGCCGCUGGGGGCUCGGCUGCCAGGAGAUCUGCCCGGCGUGUGAGCACGGGGCCACCUGUGAGCCUGAGACUGGAGCCUGUCUGUGCCGCCCCGGCUACAUGGGCAGCCGCUGCCAGGACGCCUGCCCCGCUGGCUGGUUUGGGCCCGGCUGCCAGAUGAGGUGCUCCUGUGCCAAUGAUGGGCACUGCCACCCGGCGACUGGGCAUUGUAGUUGUGCCCCUGGGUGGACCGGCCUCAGCUGCCAGAGAGCUUGUGACAGUGGGCACUGGGGACCUGACUGCAGCCACACCUGCAACUGUAGCACAGACCACGGGAGCUGUGAUGCUGCCAGCGGCCUGUGUCUGUGUGAGGCUGGCUACGUGGGCCCACAGUGCGAGCAGCAGUGUCCCCAGGGCUACUUCGGGCCAGGCUGUGGCCAGCGGUGCCAGUGUGAGCACGGGGCAGCCUGUGACCAUGUCAGUGGGGCCUGCACCUGCCCGGCCGGCUGGAGGGGAACCUUCUGCGAGCGUGCCUGCCCCGCUGGCUUCUUCGGCGUGGACUGCCGCAGUGCCUGCAAUUGCACCGCUGGAGCCCCCUGUGACGCCGUGAGCGGCUCCUGCCUCUGCCCCGCCGGCCGCCGGGGCCCCCGCUGUGCCCAGACCUGCCCAGCCCACAGCUAUGGGCACAACUGCAGCCAAGUCUGCUCCUGCUUUAACGGGGCCUCCUGCGACCCUGUCCACGGGCAGUGCCGCUGUGGCCCUGGCUGGUCGGGCCCCACCUGCCUGCAGGCCUGCCCAGCAGGCCUGUAUGGUGAGGACUGCCAGCAUUCCUGCCUCUGCCAGAACGGGGGCACCUGUGACCCUGUCUCGGGCCACUGCACCUGCCCAGAGGGCUGGGCUGGCCUGGCCUGUGAGAAGGAGUGCCUCCCAGGGCACUUCGGAGCCGACUGCCAGCACAGCUGCAGAUGCGUCAACGGUGGCCUCUGUGACCGGCGCCUGGGCCACUGCGUCUGCCCAGCCGGCUGGAUGGGGGACAAGUGCCAGAGCUCCUGUGCCGAGGGCACGUUUGGGACUGGCUGUAAGGAGCGCUGUGCCUGCCGGCAGGGAGCUACCUGCCACCACGUCACGGGGUCCUGCCUCUGCCCGCCGGGAUGGAGGGGCUCACAGUGUGAGAAUGCCUGCCCACGGGGCUGGUUUGGAGAGGCCUGUGCCCAGCGCUGCCAGUGCCCGCCUGGAGCCGCCUGCCACCACAUCUCUGGGGAGUGUCGCUGUCCCCCAGGCUUCACGGGGCCUGGCUGUGAGCAGGGGUGCCCUCCUGGGCGGUUUGGGCCGGGCUGUGAGCAGCUAUGUGGGUGUGUCAAUGGUGGCUCCUGUGAUGCGGCCACGGGUGCCUGCCGCUGCCCUGCUGGGUUCCUCGGGCCUGACUGCAGCCUUGCUUGUCCCCAGGGCCGCUUUGGCCCCAGCUGUGCCCACGUGUGCAAGUGUGGGCAGGGGGCGGCCUGCAACCCCGUGACUGGCACCUGCACUUGCCCUGCAGGGAGGACCGGCAUCCACUGCGAGCACAGCUGUCCCCAGAACCGGUUUGGCUUGGGCUGUGAGCACGUGUGCUCCUGCAGAAAUGGGGGUUUGUGCCACCCUGCCAACGGCAGCUGCUCCUGCGGCCUGGGCUGGAUGGGGACACUCUGCGAGCUGGCCUGCCCCCCUGGGCGCUACGGGGCCGCCUGCCACCUGGAGUGCUCCUGCCACAACAACGGCACCUGUGAGCCCGCCACGGGCACCUGCCGCUGCCGCCCCGGCUUCUACGGCCAGGCCUGUGAGCACCUUUGUCCUCCUGGUUUCCACGGGGCUGGCUGCCAGGGGGCGUGCGAGUGUCAGCAGGGAGCUCCCUGCCACCCCAUCAGCGGCCAGUGCCUCUGCCCCGCCGGCUUCCACGGCCAGUUCUGUGAGAGGGGGUGCGAGCCAGGCUCAUUUGGAGAGGGCUGCCGCCAGCAGUGUGACUGUGAGAGUGGGGUGCCCUGUGACCCCAUCACCGGCCACUGCCUUUGUCCCCCAGGGCGCAUGGGGGCCACCUGUGACCUUGACUGCAGAGGGGGCCUCUUCGGGCCGGGCUGUGCCCUGCGCUGUGACUGCGGGGGUGGGGCUGAUUGUGACCCCAUCACUGGGCAGUGCCACUGUGUGGACGGCUACACAGGGCCCACAUGCCGGCAAGGUGGGCCCCCCCAGCUCCCCGAGAGCCUGUCCCCAACCCCGGGCCCAGCAGCCUCGCCCUCAGCCUCUCAUGGAUCAGCGCCCCGGCUCAGGGACGGGACAGAGAAGCACUAACUUAGAGGCUGCCUGCGCUGAGGCCUGCCGCCCGAGGACCGCCCAGGGCACCAGAGACUUUGAUGAUGACCAGGGAGGGACGCCUGUGGGCCAGGACUCCAGCCCCAUCCUUGUCUCUGUGGGCCGUGGACAGCGUGCAGCUCUUGCUCUCCGAGGGUCAUCCGGCCACAAGGAGGGAGGCCUUGCAUGGCCCAGCUCUGCAGAGCCUGGGCGAGUGGACUGGGCCUCGGGCAGCACAGCUGCACUGGCCGGACCCCGCGUGUGCUGAGGAAGCCCACCCCUCCCGCUGGCCUGGGUCGGGACUGAGGGCAGCUGUGGGUGCAGCUACAGGUGCAGGCAUGGGGCCCCUGCCCCCCAAGCAGGUUCUUCUGGUGCUAGGCCCCUGACUGCGGCAGCUCAGCCGGUUUACCUGGGAAUGUAGCCCGGCCGUAUUUAUGUAAAGGUAUUUAUGGGCACUGGACACGCCCUGCUGCGCCCUGAGGGCUGGAAGGCUGCCCGGCUCCUCCUUGGCCCCAGGAAGCCCUGACCCGGGACUGUGGGGCCCUGCGGGGCCUCCGGGCACGGGCUCCGGCGCCCUGUGAAACCCAGUCAGUUAAGAACAGAGCGGCAGCUUCCUCGCG